UGGGCAAUAUGGUGGCCGUAAUGGCGAACGAGCAGCAGCAGUUUGAAUCUCUGGUAACACAGCUGAUGUCUCCUGAUAAUAACAUCAGAAAUCAGGCAGAGACACAUUACGAAACCAUCAAUGAGCCCACUAAGAUUAAAUUCCUUAUUCAGAUGAUUAGGACAUCAGCCAUUGCAGAGGUACGUCAGAUGUCAGCUGUACUGUUACGAAGGAUUUUCUCAAGCUCAGUGGAUUUUUAUGAAAAACUUGAUCAAGCUUUUCAGCAAGAAAUGAAGAAUGAUUUGCUCAAGGCCAUAAAUGAGGAACAGGCACAAACAGUAAAGAAGAAGGUGUGUGAUGCUGUUGCUGAAUUAUCCAGAAGUCUUCUUGAUGAGGAAGGAUAUAAUCACUGGCAAGAACUUUUGAAGUUUCUGUUUGAAUGCUGCAACUCCCAGCAUCCAGAGCUUAAGGAAUGUGCUCUUCAUAUUUUUGUAUCUUUCCCUGGAAUAUUUGGAACGCAACAAGAACAUUACAUGCAGGUUAUCAAACAAAUGCUGUGGCAGUGCCUGCAGGAUCAAUCCAGCCAACAGGUUCGUUUUAUGUCAGCACGUGCUUCAGUUGCAUUUAUCACGGAUCAAGUGGAAGAAAUUAAACAGCGACAGUUUGUGGAUCUAGUCCCAGGAAUAGUACAGGCUGUGCGUGAGAGUGUUGUCGCAAGUGUGGAUGACUCAGUGCUAAAAUGUUUAAUUGAUUUAGCAGACACUUGUCCUAAGCUACUUAGGACAAACUUGGAGUCCAUUUUAGAUUUGAUGUUGGAGAUUGUUCGCAAUGCAAAUCUUCUUGAAAGUUGGAGACAUCUGUCCUUGGAGUGUGUAGUCACUUUGGCAGAGACAGCACCAGCAAUGCUCAGGAAAUGCCAGAAGCAUAUUCCAAUCAUAGUUCCAGAGAUGUUGGCAAUGAUGGUUGAUCUAGAAGACGACCCAGAAUGGAGUGUGUCUGAUGAACUUGAGGACGAUGACUCUGAAAGUAACUCUGUAGCAGGAGAGAGUUCUCUUGAUCGACUGGCAUGUGGAUUGGGUGGAAAAACAGUUUUACCGCACAUCAUUGUCACAGUGCCACAGAUGUUGCAGAAUCCUGACUGGAGGUAUCGCCAUGCAGGUCUAAUGGCAAUCUCUGCAGUUGGUGAAGGUUGCUAUAAACAGAUGGAGACUCUACUCCAAGAUAUUGUGAACACUGUUUUACCUUUCUUGGGUGACGCUCAUCCACGGGUGAGGUAUGCAGCCUGUAAUGCGGUGGGGCAGCUUUCUACUGACUUUGCUCCUGGGUUUCAAAAGAAAUUCCACACAAGAGUGAUCCCAGGCCUUUUAGUUGUUUUGGACGAUACUGCCAACCCUCGCGUCCAGGCCCACGCUGCGGCUGCGCUGGUUAAUUUCUCUGACGACUGCCCCAAAAGCAUUCUAGCGUCUUAUCUUGAUGACAUCUUGGCAAAACUUGAAGCUGUAUUGGCUUCAAAGCUAAGGGAGCUGCUUGAACGGGGUGGAAAACUAGUUCUCGAGCAGGUUGUGACCACCAUAGCCACCGUUGCGGACACCGCCGAAGAAAAAUUCCUUCAUUAUUAUGAUCGCUUCAUGCCAAACCUCAAGUACAUCAUGCAGAAUGCUCUGUCAUCUGAUUACCGCAUGCUGCGGGGGAAAACAAUCGAAUGCAUCAGCUUGAUUGGUUUGGCUGUUGGGAAGGAAAAGUUCUUGCCUGAUGCUAACGAUGUGAUGCAGUUGUUGCUCAAAACUCAAACUGAGAUGGAAGAACUAGAGGCAGACGAUCCUCAGAUUUCCUACAUGAUUUCUGCUUGGGCCAGGAUGUGCAAGAUUUUUGGGACAGAAUUCACUCAAUACCUUCCUCUGGUGAUGCCCUCUGUGAUGAAGGCCGCGUCAAUCAAGCCAGAAGUGGCAGUCAUCGAUGCUGAUGAUCCGAAGAGCGGCCAGUAUUCCGAAGACGAAGGAUGGCAGUUUAUUACCCUUGGAGAUCAGCAAAAGUUCGGUAUCAAGACCGCUGGCCUGGAAGACAAGAGUACCGCUUGUCAGAUGUUGGUCUGUUAUGCUAGAGAACUCAAAGAAGGAUUUGCUCCUUACACAGAGCAAGUCGUCAAGCUCAUGGUCCCUCUCUUGAAAUUUUACUUCCACGACCUUGUGCGGACGGCCGCAGCAGAAUCGUUACCGUUUCUUUUGGAGUGCGCCAAGAUCAAAGGGGACGGUUACCUUCGUCAGAUGUGGGCCUAUAUCUGCCCAGAAGUGCUGAAGGCCAUGAGUGCCGAACCGGAACCGGAAGUUCAGAUUUUGAUCAUGGAUGCUCUGGCGCGGUGUAUAGAGGCGUUAGGCGUAGGGUGUAUGACCGCUGACUAUUUCAAAGAGCUGGGAAAUAUACUUCACGAUAUUAUUAACACUCAUAAAAACAGACAGAUCGAAAGACAGCAAAGAAGAAAAGAAGAAGAUUACGACGAAGAGGUUGAGGAAGAUUUGCAAGACGAGCACGAGACUGAUGUACACAUCUUAAGCAAGGUUUCUGAUAUAAUGCAUGCUUUGUUUGGCACGCACAAAGACGGUGCUUUGCCUUUCUUUGAGCAGCUUUUGCCGGAUUUUCACUCCUUGCUGUCUCCAGAGGGAUCCGCCCAAGACAAGCAGUGGUCACUGUGUAUAUUCGAUGACGUCAUAGAACAUACGGGGUCUGCGUCGUUCAAGUACCAACAAUACUUUUUGCGGCCGAUGAUGAAUUAUGUGUUGGACAGAAAUGCUGAUGUGAGACAGGCUGCGUGUUAUGGAUGCGGCGUGAUGGCUCAAUAUGGUGGAGAGGAAUAUAUCACAGCCUGUGCAGACGUUGUACCACUGCUCUUUCAAGUCAUUAACGGGCCGGAAUCCAGAAGUCGAGAGAACGUGAAUGCCACCGAGAACGCCAUUUCUGCUGUGGCAAAAAUAUGUAAAUACAAUCGUGGAAAUAUCGCGCUAAAUGAAGUGAUCCCGGCGCUCAUCGCGGCACUGCCGAUCACAGAAGACAAAGAAGAAGCACCACAUGUGUAUGGAUACCUUUGUGAUUUGAUCGAAAAAAAUAAUCCUCUUGUUCUGGGCACAAAUAACAGUAACUUACCUCGGAUACUCCAAAUUUUUGGCGAACUGUUCAUCAAUGAUGUUCUUAGCGACGACGAGGCGGCCCGGAAAAGAGUUCUAGUUAUCAUACGACAAAUACAGAGCGCCGCUGACAUGUGGACGGCAUGCGCCGGACAACUCAGUGAGCUUCAACAAGAAGCUUUGAAACAAGCUCUUGAGGCAGAAAGCUGAUUCACCUGCGUGCGUGCUAGUUACCCAAACAUACAGAACCUCGCAAAAUCCGCGACAAAACGCGUCCCUUCGGCGGAGUUUUCUUGAACUCUUCUGCAUGAAUUCCGCCCACAUUCUGUUGACACUCUUGUCAUGAACACUGGAAGAUUUUGAUUUUUCUAUCGAGUGAAACAAAAAAUUGGAACCGAGCAGGAUUUCAAACAAAAGCGGCAUGACUACCAUUAGUAGUAAAUUGACGUUGAACCAUGGACGUUUUAAUCGGGAGGACUACAGGAACACACGGAUUGAAUUAGAGAAGUGAAAACGGCAAACAGGUCUGAAUGACAAGAAGUGAAGAGAAAAAUUAUGGAGUUGAAGCUAAUGGCAACAGAUGAACAGACGAGUGUGACGUAAUGAUUAUUAUAGGUGAAGCAAUGUUAAGUCUCCUAACCGUAGAAUGAUAUUCCUAUCUCAUGAAAUCAUUUAAGCACAAGAUUGAGAGAGAGAUUCUUCUUAUUGUGUCUCUACUUACGUUUCUUUUUAUGCUGGGAGAAUUUGCCGGUACGUCAGGAUCUUAACUAUUAGCGGAUUAUUUUUAUUUAUCACCGCUCGUGUCACUAACGUAAGGAGAUUUACAAUGUACAACACUCUUGGAGCUUGAAAUGAUAAAAUAAGAAAUUCACUGAAUUAAAAAUGAAAAAAAGAAAAAAUUUUGC